AGAGAAUAAGUUCGAUUUAUCGAGUGAACCAAAAAAAUAAAUGAGGCACUUGCAACAAAAUCGAGUUGCAACUAUCGAUAUAUUUAGCCAUCCCUAUGUAGACCUCAACUUGUGGUUUUUGUACAGCAUUUUUCCGGGUGUUACAGUGUUACAGUGCUUAAAAAAUAUAAAUAGCAAAUUGCAAAUAGUGUAAACAAUUCUUAAAGCUAGUACACGUGCAAUAAAAAAAAUCUGGAAAAGUGUUGCUCGUUUGUUACAGCAAUGAAAGGCAGUUAAUGGUUCGCUACUUAGAUUUUCGUUGCCGACGUCGGAUCUCUUAUACAGAUAUAGUAAACGGCGCAAUCGCCAGAACUAAACUGCACUUCCCACUGUGCAGUAGACAUCAAGUAAUUGCAAUUUUUUAAAUGCUUCAAAUGAUAGUUGGCGUUAGUUAAUGUUUCGGGUUCUGUCAGUUUAAAAGUUUGCACACGAUUCAUUCAGCAAUUAAUCAAACAUGGAGGAAAUAUCCAGUCUUGACUCCUUCGGUGCUGAUUCAAGCGCAAGGCCUGAAUCAGAGACAUCAAAAUUGGACGACGAUAACUCGAGGGAGAAAAUGGAAACAACGGCAGCUUUGCAAGAUACACCAGCAUCUCCAUCAGAAGAAGACGUACCUGCUGAAAGUGUCAACACAGACGCAAACAUACCAGAAAAGCCAACUGCAGCGCCAGCAACAGGCGAAGAUGACGAUUUUGAACAGAUAUCAGAGGGCUCUUUGGACAUGGAUGAGGGCCAAUCACGAGAGAAAGUUGAUGCUGUCAGAAACGAUGAACAAGAUCCCACACCUAAAGACAGGGAAGAGCUGGAAGAAGUAGAACCCAGCGCAGCUGACGAAAACGCAGAGGAUGCCGCGGAACCAGAUACACAGCCAACAGUAGCUGACGAGGAACAGGAACAUUGCAAUAUCGAUGAAAGUGCUGAUACAGAUGCCAUGCAACAACGCGACGCGUUUGAAAAUGUGGAGGCCGAUGAUGAAGUCCCCGAAAGUGAUACCGUCGAUGGUGCUCCCGCCUCUAUGGAAGCAAUGGAAGUAGACGACGGUGGUGUUGAUGCUGAAACUGCGCCCGCCAGCACGGCUGAAGAGACAGCUGGCGAUGUUGAUGACAUUGAAAUGCGCUCAGAAGGCGGCGAUUCCCGACAUGCAGCUGCUGAGGAAGACGACGCGGUUGACAAAAAUAUAGAAGAAACACCUUCCGAGGGCAAAGAUGAGGUCGAUAGAUCAGAUGAACAAGAUCAAGAUGCUUCUGGAGCCAAUGAAAAUGUAUCGAUACGUGGAGAUGAUAAUGCCGAUGCUGAAGCUGAGCAAAUGGAAGAUGCUCCCGAAGCCGAGCAGCAGGAAGAAGGUGCCGAAGCUGAGCAGUUGGAAGACGCAGGCGAAUCAGAGCAGCUGGAAGAAGCUGCCGAAGCAGAGCAUGGAGAUGAAACCGUUGAGAAUGUACUGGAGCCCGAGGAGUCGGAUGUUUGUCUGAUACCGGACGAUCCCGAAACGGAAGUAACAGAAGCCGAAAAGGAAUUAGCCCGCGAAAAUGCAGAAAAGGCAGCUGAGGAGGAAGAAGCCGCCGAGCAAACGCAAUCAUCAUUGAAAUCACCCAUCACUGAGGUAGGCGCCGCAAUGGAAACACACAAUGACAAAGACGAUGCAGCGGCUGAUGUAAAUGAAUCAGCGGACGACUUGUCGGGAACAGCAAAUGCAGAGGCUCAGGCUGAUAAGCAAGCUGGAACCGAGGUUUCAGUAUGUGCUGAAGCAAAUGCAACUGCAAACGAUGAUGAUACGCCCGAAGCGGAUGCGCCUGAAGCGGAUGAGCCCAGCCAUGAGGAAACGUCCGGUGCCGUUGCAGGCGAGGCAGGUGGCACUGCCAAGGUAAUCAUAUCCUGGAUUGUGGGCAGUACACAAAAAUGUCGGCAAUGCGACACGGAAAAGAACUGCGGUUAUCGCUUCAAACAUAACGAAGCGGAUGCUGAUGAAAAUGCCGACGAGCCAGCAGCAUCUGGAGAAGUAGCAGCUGCCGGCACGUUUGAGUAUCUAUGCGAUCAGGCAUGCUGUGAUGCAUUUUUGGCUGCACAGCCGGGCCAAUACUUUUUGCGGCGCAAGAAGUUCCUUGUCGAGGAGGUCAGUCAGGAGGGUAGCGGAGCGGCUGCCGUUGAUGAUGAGCCAAAUGACAACGCGGAGGCAGCUGUUGAUGGCGACGCAGAAGGCGCAAGUGCGACGGACAAUACACACACCUGCCUGCAGUGCAAGGAGCAAAUCAAUUGCAAAUACUUUCUGAGGCAAGAUCUGGAUACUUACUACAUAUGCAACGAUGAUUGCUUUAAUCUCUUAAAUGCCGAAGAGCCGGACAAAUACAAACUGAAGCGUCAUUCGAUACGCGUGCGCAAUAUUGGCGCUACCACAAUACGUUCGCCCAGCAAGAAACCCGAAGCGAAUGUGGUGGCACGCACCAAUGCGGAAGCGGAGGCAGCGCGUCUCGAUCGAAUGGAGAGCUUCAGACGACGUUGCGCCGAUUGCCAGCAAGAAGUCAAUGUGGGUGACAAGCAGCUCAUCUGGGAGACGAUGGACUUUUGCAACGAGGUGUGCCUGGGCAGCUACCAACGUGCAUUUGGCGGUAAUUGUGAGACUUGCAAACAGGAGGUCAGCUCCAUAGCGCUGGGCAAGUACUGUGUGCGUUUUGGCUUUGAAGUGCGGCAGUUUUGUUGUGCUGCUUGCCUCAACACGUACAAGAAGGGCUUGAAGACGUGCAGCUGCUGUCAGAAGGACAUUAGCAGCGGGCAGGAGGGUUUCCUAGCGCCCGUUGGCGACAAAGAUCAGUUCAAGGACUUUUGCUCGCAAGUGUGUCUGCGCCGCUACGACAACAUGUGCAAUCCGAAGAAGAAACUGCGCACAGACAUGUGCGGUGUUUGCAACAACGAAAAACCCGUACGUGUGGAAAUGCUGCUGGAGGACAAGGAGCAUUAUUUCUGCUCGAAUCCCUGCUUCUCAGCGUUCAAGUUUGUGAGCAACGUCAAUGCCGAUCCCUGCGCCAUGUGCUGCAAGUACUUUGAGCGGAAGAGCGUCGAUGCGUUCACCAUCUACAGCAAUGAUCAGCAGACGCCAAAAAUGUUUUGUUCGCGCAUCUGCAUCAAUGUAUAUAUCAUUGUUAAUCGUCAUAUUGUGUCCUGCCAGUGGUGCAAGGUGAAGAAGUAUAAUUUUGAUAUGAUUUAUAAGCAGCACGGCGAUCAAGAGACGCUCACCUGUUCGAUCAACUGCCUGACCAUGCAUGGCGUUAGCUGCAACAUAUCGGCACGCGCAGUUACCAAGUGCGACAAUUGCAGCAACACAAGCACCCCGCAAUACCAUUUGACCAUGUCGGAUGCAUCGAUGCGCAAUUUUUGUACAUAUCAGUGUGUAAUGCAGUUCCAAAAUCAGUUCGCCCGCACGCCGCUCACCUUAGACAGCGAUCUGCCGUCGACGUCAGCCAACAAGACGCAACAGCAGCAACAUUUGUCCGCCGCACAAGCCCGUGGCAGCAACAAAAAUGCAGCACCAUUUCCCACCGGAUUACCCAAGAGAGUGAAACUGAAGUUGGCACAGCCGUCCGGCCUAAAAAAUAAUGCGACUGGCGGCGCAAAUAAAAAAUUAACUGGCGGCACUGUUGUGCCCGUCAUUUCGACCGUACAAUCACUGGCCAGCGGCGAAACAGAGGCACGUAUUGGCAGCGUAACCGUGCGACGCAAACGUGGUCGCAAACCGGACUCGCCGCCACCGUUGACGGUGAGCAUUACGGCGCCCUCACCAACGGUUGGUGAAGUUCGUGCUCGCGGUCGCCCGCGCAAGCAUGUGGACUAUAGCGUUGCACGCUCUCCCUCGCCCACAUUGAAUUCGCAGCCGUUGCGGCGCAAUACAGGAACGCCCGGUAGUGAUUUUCCAGCGGCUAUAACGGAAACAAAGAUCAUCACCGUGCCGCCAUACCCGAAGGCGGUGCGCAAUGUAAAUAUCAGCUGCAAGCCCAUGACCGUUACAACGGGCGUACAGAUAACUCCGUCCGUGCGGGAUUGCGCCACCCAGACCGACAAGGAUUAUUCGAACAAGGUGCUGAUACCAGUCCCGGUACCCAUAUUUGUGCCGCAACCGAUGUACAUGUAUUCAGCGCCAUUCCCGGUGCCUGUGCCCAUUCCGCUGCCAAUACCGGUGCCAAUAUUUAUACCCACGACACGAAACACCGCAGCUGGCAUUUUAAAGGAGAUUAAGAAGAUACAAGACAAAAUGCCUGAAGAUCCUUUGGAGGCCGAAUUGCUGAUGAUGGCCGAAAUGGUGGCCGAGGAGAAGCACGAAUCGGAUUCCGAUUCGGACAAUGAAAUCAAACCAGAUCCGGGUCUAGUCACCCUGCAGUAUCAGAACAGUCUUGAGCAACAGCAGCAGCAACAACAACAGCAGCAACAACAAGUUGUGGAUGUAAACGCCGCCAGCCAUAAUCCAUACGGCGACGAUAUGCUUCAAAUUGCCCUCAAAAUGGCAACCGGAGAUUAUGAUAAUCAUCAUCAGACAACAACCGUUGAUCUUGAGUCAACAAUGACGGCCAACACGAUAUCGAGUCAGUCUCCGAUGGGUCAUGAUAUGGGCCAAAUGGGCGUGCAUCAUCUGGAUCAGCAACAUCACAUGCUGGAGACGACGCAACGCUCUCCGCGUGGUCGUAAACGUGGCGGUGGCACAAUCGCCGUGCUGGAUUCUCCUGCGCGUAAUAGUCGAUCGCCUGUGAAACGUCAGCGCGGCAGCGAAAUGGAUCACUCCGCCCUGCAGCAACAGUCACAGCAGGCGCAGCAGCCGCAGGAGAAACCUGAUGCGCAAAUGUUCCUCAAGUACACGUUCGGCGUGAAUGCCUGGAAGCAAUGGGUGAUGACCAAGAAUGCGGACAUCGAGAAGAGCUCAAUGCGACGGCGACCCUUCAAAACAGAACUACUGCAAAUGACCGCCGACGAGCUAAACUAUUCACUCUGUCUGUUUGUCAAGGAGGUGCGCAAGCCCAACGGCACAGAAUAUGCGCCCGAUACAAUAUAUUAUCUUGUACUGGGCAUUCAGCAAUACCUUUAUGUGAAUGGGCGCAUUGAUAACAUAUUCUAUGAUCCGUACUAUGAACGUUUUACGGAAUGUCUCGAUGAGGUGGCACGCAAGUUUUCCGUGCUCUACAAUGAUUCGCAAUACAUUGUCACGCGCGUGGAGGAGGAGCAUUUGUGGGAGUGCAAACAGCUUGGCGCCCAUUCGCCGCAUGUGCUGCUCAGCACCCUCAUGUUCUUCAAUACCAAGCAUUUUAAUUUAACUACCGUUGAGGAACAUAUGCAAUUAUCCUUCUCGCACAUUAUGAAGCAUUGGAAACGCUCAUCGCAAAACUCGAAGGUGCCCGGCACACGCAAUGUGCUCUUACGAUUCUAUCCACCGCAGGCGGGUCUGGAUGCUAAUCCGCGCAAGAAAAAAGUAUAUGAACAGCAAGAGAACGAGGAUAAUCCACUGCGCUGUCCUGUGCGCCUAUACGAAUUCUAUCUAUCCAAAUGCCCGGAGAGUGUUAAAACGCGCAAUGAUGUUUUCUAUUUGCAACCGGAACGAUCCUGUGUACCCGAUUCUCCCGUUUGGUAUUCAACGCAAGCACUUAGCCAAGAUGCGCUGCAACGUAUGUUGCAUCGCGUUAAAAUGGUCAAGGAAAUCAACAUAGCGCUAUUAACAACUUAAUAUUUAGUUAGGCACACGCGGACACACAUACAAUUUGUCGUAUGUGAAAGGCUCAUUUUUCAAUGACAAUUAUAUAUUAUCAACUUUUGGUGCUUAGCACAAAAUUGUUUGCGGGCAAAAUCACCAAAAACAAAUUCAGCUAAAUUAAGAGAUGAGCGCCUAUUAACGACUCCAAUCGCUUAAAAACCAUAGUUGUGUUUCAUAAGUAAGAUUUUACAUAUACAUCCACACACACAUAUAUAUGUAUAUAUAUAUAUAUACAAAUUAAUUAUUAAUUGUUUUUACAAAUUACAUAAAUGUGCUGCGUCGUGAGUAGCGCCAAGUUAGGAUCUGUAUAGACUAUGAAUUUAAAUUUGAACUUCAUCUCAACAUCAAUUAAUCUUUUUCUAAAGCAAGUCAACAAUCAUUUAACAGUUCGGCAACUGAUUAUUUCGCAUAUUUUGUUUAGUUAGAUACGUAAGACCACAGCAAUGACGAUUUCAGUUAAGUCAUUUAAUAAGAUUGUUUAGAGUAAAACUGUUAGGGAGAGUGUGCUUAAUUAAGCAAAUGUAGUCCCUGAGACAGCGCUUAGAUUUGAGUGCGCGAGUCGUUUAUAGGCGCGCGUGCGUGGUAUGUACAUUGAAUAUAUAAUCUAUAAACAUUUAAACAAAUACUAUGCAGUUGCAAUGUACAUAGAGCAUAUACAUAAACAAUUAGCUAUUGUCGCGCUGUUGUUUUAAGUGUUUUAAUUGUAAAAUGCUGUACUCCUUAAUUAAAAAAAUUAAUUU